AUGUUGUCGUUCAUAUUGAUCCAAAACCGACAAGGCAAGACCAGACUAGCGAAAUGGUAUGUGCCGUACAGCGACGACGAGAAGAUCAAGCUUAAAGGCGAGGUGCACCGACUCGUGGCGCCGCGCGACCAGAAAUACCAGUCCAACUUCGUCGAGUUCCGGAACAACAAGAUCGUGUACCGGCGAUACGCAGGGCUCUUCUUCUGCGCGUGCGUCGACACAAACGACAACGAGCUGGCCUAUCUCGAGGCCAUCCACUUCUUCGUCGAGGUGCUCGACUCCUUCUUCGGCAAUGUCUGCGAGCUGGACCUGGUCUUCAACUUCUACAAGGUCUACGCCAUCCUCGACGAGGUCUUCUUGGCCGGCGAGAUCGAGGAGACGAGCAAACAGGUCGUGCUGACGAGGCUGGAGCAUCUGGAUAAGCUUGAAUAG